UUCACAUCUGGCUUCUUUGCUUGAUGGAGCUUUAACCUGCAUUUUUGGAUUUUAAAGACAUUGAUUUCUGGAAAUGUUUCUGAGCCCAUGUAGUGAUUUCCAGUAGAAACGCAUACCUCCUGAGGGCCCAAAGAUCACAAGCAUCCAGUUCUGACCUUCUCCCCCUCCUGGUCCUCAGACUCUUGAUGAAAUUAUACACUGUAAGAACUUCAAAGUCGUCACAAUUUUAUGUUGAGGAACAUUUUCUGAAAUUGUUCCACAAUAUUUAGAUGCAGUUUGUCACUGACUGGAAACCUCUGCUAAAGUUUUCCGUGAAAAAUGUCUCACUUUCAACAUCUGAUAAGUUGGUAAUGUUCUAUUAAGAAUUAAAUAUGGGUUGAUGAGAUUUGCAGUUCACUACAUUUAGUUAUUUACAUUCUACAGUGUCACAACCUUUUUGAAAUUUAAGUUGUAGGUCACAGAAACAUUGUUCUGCCAUGAGCUUAGCGCACUAUGACGUAUAGAGGGAUAUAAAUUAGAAGCUGUCUGAACAGACUGACUCCUAUACAGAUGGUAACCUGUGAUUAUUACACUCCCAGUUGUGGGUGUGAGCAGGAGGGAGGGUCUCAUCUGUGGGAAACAGCCAGUCUUCACACAUUUUGUGCUGGAGAUGGUGAACAAGCAUCAUGCUCUGCUUCUUUCUCCUGAUUUAUUAUUUGUCAACUCCAACAUGCUCACAUCUGCUGAGCCGUCACAAGAGGACUUGGAUUAUCGACUCCUUCGAGAUAGAAGAGGGACAUCAAGGGCCUUUCCCCUAUAUGUUGGGCAAGGUAAAUGUGGAACGCAAAUAUCAAGUACAAUUUGAACUGUUUGGUGAAGGAGUGGAAGAGGAGCCAAAGGGAGUCCUCUCCAUUGACAGGGAUUCUGGCUUCCUGUAUGUCCACAGAGCUGUGGACUAUGAAGAGAAGACAGUACUUAAGCUAAGAUUUGAGGCCAAAAAGACAGAUUUAUCAACUGACACUAAACUAGGAAUUGAGAUUUCAAUUCGAGACAUCAAUGACAACCCCCCACGCUUUGAGAGGGAUCUGUAUGAAAUCACUGUUAAUGAAGAUAAAACACAAGGCUUCCAUCUUUUGACCGUGCUGGCUUAUGACAAGGACCAGAGAGGAACAUCAAACUCCACUUUCCACUAUGAGAUCAAAUCUGUGUCUCCAAACGUUCCCGACACAGAAUUCUUCGUUAAGGAGUCUGGAGCUGUCUCGUUUAAAGGGUGUUUGGAUUAUGAGGUGGCCAAAAUGUUUACAUUGCUGGUGGAGGCCAAAGACCAUGGAGAUGUAGUCAGUCUGUCCAGUACAACCACAGUCAUCAUUCAUGUCCAGGAUGGCAACAACCAUCUUCCCAUCAUCCGUGGUCAAACAGGAACAGGAAAAGUAAAGGAAAAUGAGUCUGGGUCCACUCCUCUGCGGCUACAUGUGACAGAUAAAGACACUGUGAAUAGCAAGGCCUGGAGAGCGAAAUACACCAUACAUGGAGACUUGGGCGGGAACUUCAAGAUAGAGACUGACCCAGAAACCAAUGAUGGAAUCCUGACUGUAGUAAAACCUUUAAACUUUGAGGAAGGAGCACAGAAGGAGCUGACAGUCUCUGUGGAAAAUGAAGCACCAUAUUUCUCCUGUAAAGUGGAGGAGAAGACGUCAGCGAGGGGCCUCUGGAAAGUUGACACCAGUAUAGGUCACCAUCCUGAUGGUGCCGGUCAGCCUCAUUCUAUAAAAGUCAUGAUUGAGGUGGAGGACACCAACGAUCCCCCGGAGUUCAGUGUGGCUGUCAAAGAGGCCACGCUGGGGGAGAACGUACCUGUUGGAACCUGGGUGGAGAGAGUGGUUGCUGUGGAUCCAGACUCCAAUCUUACAAGAGAUUUUAUUUACAAAGUGGGACACGAUCCUGCAGGCUGGGUGACAGUUGAUCCUCAAACGGGUGCCAUCACCACAAGAAAGAGCCCUGAUAGGGAAUCUCCCCAUGUUGUUGACGGCCUCUACACUAUCAUACUACAUGCUGUUGAUGAUCGUGAGCCACCUCUGACAGGCACGGCUACACUGCAGAUCCAUAUAGCUGACAGAAAUGACAACGCACCACAGCCAGUAGUGGACUUUGUGGAUGUCUGUGUGUCUGAUGCCCCCACCACCACCAACAUCACAGCCUUUGACCCCGAUGGAAAUCCCUUCGGAGGGCCUUUCAAGUUUGAACUGUUGGGGAAUGUUGAAGGAAAAUGGAAACUGAAUCCUGCUUAUGGUUUUACAGCUGGUUUGGUGAAGGAGCCUGGUGUCUAUGCAAGUUCAUAUACAAUUGCUCUGAAGAUUUCAGACUUGCAGGGAGUGUAUGGUGUUUACAACCUCAGCGUGACUGUGUGUGAUUGCUCUGCAAGGCCUAACUGCCACAUCCGCCAACAUGCAACAACAAAAGCUUCCUACGGCACUUUAAGCGUAGUCUUGGCCUCCCUGGUUUUAUUUCUGUUUCUGCUGCUGAUGGCAGUCGUCAUCACCUGCAAGGAAGAGUUUGCCACUUUGCAGACUGAUGAUUCCUCUGGAGAAACUCUGCUGAAAUCAAACAUUGAGACACCAGGAACAGACUGCAAGGUACCACAAGUAGUUGUGGCAACAUCUGAUAAGUGUCAAAAUUUGUCCAUCUGGCAGAAAGACCAAUACGAGACGAGAAACAAGUUUUCAAAGGGUAUGGACCAAAGCUUUGUCCGCAAACACUUCAGAGACUACAGGUGGAAUAACUCUUCCACCUUAUUCGGCAACAACUGGAACCAGACCUGGAGUUCUCCUGUAGCCAAUGGCCACAACCACAGCCAGCAGUUUAAAGACAUGGGCACUGAAAAUCUCUUCAAUACAAACAACUCCAGUGGUGUGAUGGACGCAGCUCUCCGCAGUCUGCUUCAUCAGAGGAUUUCAUCUCUUGAAGAAACAGAAAAGGAUUUGCUGGAUUAUAAACCUCAUUCCUAUAAAGAGGAAGGGGACUCUGACAUCCUCUCAGAGCUGGACAAGCUCUCCAUUCCUGAGGAGGAGUCAUUUCAGAAGAUACUCAAAGACUUGGGCCCACAGUUCAACCAACUGGCUGCCAUUUGCCAAAUACCAAAAAACCCACAAUAAGCAACAUGUAGUCAACAUGACAUUUAAUAACCGUCAGGUUCCUCCAGUUUGAGUUUACAAAAAAAAGGAAGUGUCCAUUAAUGCUUCAGUAUACAAUCCAAAACUAUUUAAGUUUCUUUAGUCAAGUACAAGU